CGCGUCGAUCGUCGGCAUCAUGACUGGGACGCUGAUUCAGAUCUGGUUCAUGCCUCGCGUGGUGACGCAGACACGGCUGCUACUUGUGUUCAGUGUCAUCAACUGGAUUCUGGUCUUUUCGCUCGAAGCGUUUGUGUUUCCGUACCAGAGUAAGAACCUGCCGACUUCGUGCGCACUGCCCACGUCGACGAGCUGCUUCACCUACAGUGCGACCGGCCGCACGUACUACCUAUCGGCCAUUCUCUCGGGCGUCGUUGUCGGUGUCGGUAUCUUAGCCAUUUGGCUCCACGGACGCUUCUUGCCGGAUGACAUUCGAGUCUCAAAGUCGCACUCGCUGCUACAGUACCUCAACAUACCGCAUCUUCGGAUGCUCGCGACGUCGCUUCGCGGCUGCUGCAUCCCGCACAACGACGACGUCCUCGUCGACGACGGUCUCUUGAUCAUGAAGAAUGUGCUGCGCAUCUCGGCAACGUGCAUGACGCGACUCAACAACGUGCAGUACGAAAUUAUCUACCGGUACCUGCCGCGGCCCGUCAAGCCUCUUUUCAGCAAAGAAGUCGGCACCUUCCUCGUUUUCCACUUUGACAAAGAGACGGGGCGCAUCACCCACCGCUCCAGCUACAAAUGGCUCACAGACGUUGGCAUUGACGACAGCUCCAUGACGCAUUGGCGUGCGGGCUUUCAUUAUUGAUGAACGAGAGAUUAUCAUCUCCUUUGCCGCAACCCGUGACUUGACGGCUCAGCAUUCAGCGCACUGCACUACAUUCGAAUCUUCGCAUCGCAGCUGACGCCGACACUGAGGCCUGCAACGUGAACCCAAACGAGCGGUGUAUUCUCACCACUGCGAUCGCACAGAAGUACCAAAAUACAGCAUAAACUCGUCGAUGG